UGCACCUGAUAGUUCCUCUUGUGGCAACGUUUCUUCUUGUGUUCAUUGAUUCAUUUUUAAAGGAUGAACGGCACAGAGGGCAGCAACUUCUACAUCCCCAUGUCCAACAGGACUGGGCUGGUCAGGAGUCCCUUUGAGUACGAGCAGUACUACCUGGCUGACCCAUGGCAGUUCAAGGCUCUUGCAUUUUACAUGUUUUUACUCAUCUGUAUCGGAGGCCCCAUCAACGGGAUGACACUGUUGGUCACGGUGCUGCACAAAAAGCUUCGUCAGCCUCUCAACUUUAUUCUGGUCAACUUGGCUGUUGCUGGCAUGAUCAUGGUCUUAUUUGGAUUCACCAUCACCAUCACUUCAGCUCUUUAUGGCUACUUUGUCUUUGGACCAAUGGGUUGUGCUAUUGAAGGUUUCAUGGCUACCCUUGGAGGCCAAGUUGCCCUGUGGUCCCUUGUGGUGCUGGCUAUUGAGAGAUACAUUGUCGUCUGCAAGCCCAUGGGCAGCUUCAAGUUUGGUACCAACCAUGCUGCAGCUGGAGUGGCAUUCACAUGGGUCAUGGCAUGCUCUUGUGCUGUUCCUCCUCUGGUUGGCUGGUCCAGGUACAUUCCUGAGGGAUUACAGGCCUCAUGCGGACCUGACUACUACACUCUGAACCCUGAAUACAACAACGAGUCAUACGUCAUGUACAUGUUCAGCUGCCAUUUCUGUGUUCCUGUCACCAUUAUCUUCUUCACGUAUGGAAACCUGGUCUGCACAGUCAAAGCGGCUGCAGCUCAACAGCAGGACUCAGCCUCCACCCAGAAGGCAGAGAAGGAAGUGACACGCAUGUGCAUCCUGAUGGUUUUGGGAUUCCUGAUCGCCUGGACCCCUUAUGCUUCUGUUGCUGCCUGGAUUUUCUUCAACAAGGGAGCUGCUUUCAGUGCUCAGUCCAUGGCUGUCCCUGCCUUUUUCUCCAAGUCCUCAGCCUUGUUUAACCCCUUCAUCUAUGUGCUGCUCAACAAACAGUUCCGUGGGUGCAUGAUGCAGACAGUCCUUGGCAAGGCCCCAGAGGAUGAGACGUCAGUGUCCACAAGCAAGACAGAAGUGUCCUCAGUGUCUCCUGCAUAAGCUUCCUUCUUGCACCAGUUUACCUCUUCACAAACAACAGCAGCUGAUGACUCAAUGUUGAUGGAUUAAAAUAGCAAUACUGGAAAAAUGAAUACAGAUUUAUCUGAAAAUCUCUUUGGGAUAAAUAUUACUGCCAAGGUCCUUUAGACCAAAUUAUAAUUUGGAUCCAGACAUACACUAUUAAGUCCACACUUUUGGUCCAACUGAAUUUCUUCUGCAGAACUGCAAACAAGACUUUUUGAAAUGUCCAUCACAUCUACAUGUACAUGUAAAUACAUUUACUUUGUACAAAGAGCAUCUAAACUUGCUGUAUUGCAGUGCAAUACACUGCCCAAUGUAACAUGUGAUAUGAACUGACUGGGACAACUGGCAAUGACUUUGUGAAGAUGGAGUUGAGAAUAUGCAUUAAUACUCAGGUGUUGGAUCCAUAAAUACAACAUCUUACACAAGGUCAGAGGUCUGGGUAACCUCUUUCCUCAUUUUGAGCAGUAAGAACCAUUUUAACACCUUUGUAUUACUGUUUAUUACUGAAUGGAUUAUGAGAGUUUUAUUUUUUAUGAAACUCGACUGCUAAUAAACAUUUUGUUAGUGUGAUUGUUUAAUAUUUUUGUGUGUACAGUAUUUUAUAAAGCAAAGAAAAAAACAAACA